AUUGCAGGUACAGACAGAGAGGAUAGUGCGGUGUGGAUACACUAUGUUGCUGUCCUGUGUGCUCCUGGCUCUGGCCCUGCUUCCUCUACCUCCCCCAGUAAACCCCAGUGUGGACUCCUCCUUCAGGGAAUGCAGCCAGUUCCUGUACCGGAGCCAGGCCCCAAGGGGCCUCCAGAGGACUCAGGGCCUUCAGAAGGUUUGCCAGUAUUACGGGGACAAGGCGCGCUACGCCACCCUGUACGACCCAGCAGGCAGGAUCCCCCUCUUCUCCGCCUACACCUUUAAACGCUCCAAUGGUGAGAGCAGGGAAGGUCUGCCCUGGAUGUACGAACCACAGCUGUCCAGUGGCUCUGGGACAGGUAACAUGCAGCCCUUCCCCCAUUCUCCCUCCAGCCUCCUGGCCCUAGAGGAGAGCCAGGCCGUGCUGGCCGACUACUCCGACGCAGUCGUCUACGAGCGUGGCCAACUGAACCCCGACCAGCACCAGGCCAGUCCUGGGGACAAGGCCUCGACCUACACCCUGACCAACGUGGUUCCCCAGGCUAGGGAGUUCCUCCACCACCACUGGCUACCCUACCUGGAGGACAUCCGCAAACGCCUCAACAACUAUUGUCGUGGAAAGGCUUACAUCAUCAGUGGCGUCACCACCACUGGUAACACCAUCCGGAGAGGUAACGUUAACCGGGUGGUGGUACCGAAACAUCUGUGGACAGCCUACUGCUGUCCUGAUUUUGAUCUCAGCGCGCCGUAUGAGCUCCGGUACAAGUUCCCUACUUAUGCAGCCUACGGGCUUAAUGACGUGGUAGAUAACGCCGUCACGGAGACGUCGACGAAGAGCGUGGAGGCGUUGGUGAAUAGAGAGAUGGCUGUGGAUCAGGACUUUCAGCUGUUCAACGGAAACUGUGUCCCUGAAGUGUGAGCGGUUAUGAGAGUGAAUCUCAAGAGACAAUCUUUUAAAGAGAGAGAUGGGGGGAGAUGUUCCUGCCACUGAAAAUAUAAAUGAUGUGGUGAUAUUUAUGAAAUUACUAACCAAUAAAGCAAUCAUUAUACAUUU